UGCGGAGCAGAGAGGCGAGGAGCACGAGGAGGAUGCGGAGGACGGGCCAAUGGUGCGCGAGUACGUGGCGCAGCUGCAUUCCAUGGUGCAGUACGGCAAGACGACCAUGUAUGUGGACUUCGCCACUCUAAUGGCGCACAACCAGGCGCUCGCCACAGCGGUUCUGGAGGAGUUCUACCGGUUUGAGCCGUUCCUGCGCAAGGCGGUGCAGAUGUUUGUGCAGGUGCACGAGCCCAAGUAUGUGAUGGACGAGGGCAAGCCCAAGGAGUUCUACCUCGCCUUCUACAACCUCCCCGUCAUCCACAAGUGUUUUUUUCAGGUUUACGAGCCCAAGUAUGUGAUGGUUGAGGGCAAGCCCAAGGAGUUCUACCUCGCCUUCUACAACCUCCCCGUCAUCCACAAGCUGAGAGACAUGAAGGUAGAGGUGCUUGGUCAGCUAUCCGCAGUGAGUGGUGUGGUCGUCCUCUGUUCUUAUCCUCCCUCCCCUUCUCCCCUCCUCCUUGUACUGUCUCCCUUUUCGCCCUCCCCUCCCCCUUUCAGGCUGAGAGACAUGAAGGUAGAGGUGCUAGGUCAGCUAUCCGCAGUGAGUGGUGUGGUCGUCCGAACCUCCGAGGUCCGGCCGGAGCUGCUGUACGGCACGUUCCGAUGCUUGGAGUGCGGCGCGGUGCAGCGGAACAUCGAGCAGCAGUUCAAGUACACGCAGCCCAUCAUAUGCAGUAACGCAGCGUGCUCUAACAGGGAAAAAUGGGCGCUCGAGAGAACAGAAUGCCAGUUUGUCGACUGGCAGAGGGUCCGGGUUCAGGAAAACGCAGAUGAAGUCCCUCCUGGAUCGCUCCCACGCACUCUAGACGUGAUUUUACGGCAUGAGUUGGUGGAACAGGCACGAGCCGGGGAUAAGUGUAUCUUCUCCGGAACGCUGGUGGUGGUCCCAGAUGUAGCUGCUCUGACCCGCCCAGGGGAGAGGCAUGAGGCUAUGCGGUCGAAUCAGGGGGGGGACGGGAGAGGCGGCGAGGGCGGAGGAGGGGGGGAAUUGUUAGGAGGAGGGGGUGGAGGAGCGGGGGGAGGGGGGAGUGAGGGGGUAAGGGGGCUGAAGGCGCUGGGGGUGCGGGAUUUGUCGUACCGGCUGGCGUUUCUGGCGUGUUCUGUGCAGUCGGGGGAUCAGGAGAAGCAAUUGGUGAAUAUUAGGGCGGAGGACGAGGAGGGCAGUGCUGUCGCUUCGUUCACGCCCGAGGAGUGUGAGGAAAUGGCUCGCAUGAGGGCUGGAGGGAACUUGUAUGAGAGGCUGGUGGCGAGCGUGGCGCCAUCGGUGUACGGGCAUGCAGACAUCAAGCGAGCCAUCCUGCUGAUGCUGUUUGGCGGCGUGCACAAGAAGACUCACGAGGGCAUCAACCUGCGAGGAGACAUCAACGUGUGUGUCGUGGGGGACCCCUCCUGUGCCAAGUCCCAGUUCCUCAAGUAUGUAGCAGGCUUCCUCCCUCGUGCGGUAUACACGUCUGGCAAGUCCAGCAGUGCGGCGGGGCUGACAGCGAGUGUGGUGAAGGAGCCAGAGACAGGGGAGUUCUGCAUUGAGGCGGGCGCGCUGAUGCUGGCGGAUAAUGGCAUCUGCUGCAUUGAUGAGUUUGAUAAGAUGGAUAUCAAGGACCAGGUGGCUAUUCACGAGGCCAUGGAGCAGCAGACGAUCUCCAUCACCAAGGCAGGGAUUCAGGCCACCCUCAACGCACGCACGUCUAUCCUCGCCGCUGCCAACCCCACCGGAGGACGAUACGACCGCUCUAAACCCCUCAGAUACAACGUGGCUCUGCCACCAGCCAUCCUCUCCCGCUUCGAUCUCGUGCAUGUCAUGCUCGACACGCCAGACCCUGUGCAUGACUAUUCAGUGGCGCGCCACAUCCUGAGUGUGCACCAGAGUCGGGACCAAGCCUUACAGCCGGAGUUCUCAACGCUGCAGCUGCAGAAAUACAUCAAAUUCGCGCGCUCAAUUCGCCCAGAGAUCACAGAGGAAGCCAAGACCCGCCUAGUAGAGGCAUACGUGUCACUCAGGCGAGGGGAUGCAGCCCCGGGGUCGCAGUCGUCGUACCGAAUCACGGUGCGACAGCUGGAGGCUCUCGUGAGGCUGUCAGAGGCGCUGGCUCGCCUGCACCUGGACUCACAGGUGAAGCCAGCUCAUGUGCGAGAAGCCAAGAGGCUACUGAGCACGUCCAUCAUCAGAAUGGUGGGAUGUGUUGUUUGGACAACCUUUGAGACGUCUCAAAAGACAUUCAUCAUCAGCCAUGACGUGGACCUGGAGGACGAAGGGGCGAGUGGGGAGGGGGAGGAGGGGAUGGAAGAUAUGCCGUUCAUGAUGGGGGGAGAGGAUGGGGGCGAUGGGGGAGGGGAAGGGGGAGGGGGAGGCGGAGGGUCUGGGGGAGGGGGAGGCAGUGCUGGUGAUCGUGGUGGUGGUGGGGGAGGAGGGGGAGGGGGAACAGAGGCAUCAGGAGGGAGGGAAGAUAUGGAGACAGAUGGGGGGGCGAAUGGGACUACAGAAACUGAGGUAGGAGGAGAAGGAGGAGGGGGAGGGGGAUCAGAUCAGCAAACACAACCGGGAGCAGGUGAUACAGCAAGAAAAGGCAAGGAGAAGAAACAAGGAGGAGCAGCAGCAGCAGCAGAGGACAAGGCAACGGAAGGGGACGCAGCAAAUGGGAGUGAAGACAAAGAAGCGAGCCAGAAGAAGACAAAGCCCGCCGCCCCUCUGCGCGUGCCGUACGACAAGCUGCAGCGCGUGACGGCGCUGCUGGUGACCUACAUAAGACAAAAAGAGGCGGAGGAAGCUUCCGAGGAAGCUUCACUGGCAGGGUCAGAAGGAGCCGGUACAGGCGAGGGUGGGGAGGAGGGGGAGAGGGGAAGGGAAGGAGGGGGAGAAGGAGGGGAGGAGGACGGGGGGAAGAGGAAGAGGAGGCGGGUGGAGGGAGUGCAAGGGGGUGUGGGGGGCGGGGGGGUGAAGCAAGGGGAUGUGAUGCGAUGGUACAUGGAGCAGCAGAGCCAGGCAGGGACGGUGGACUCAGUUGGGAAUCUGCUGCAGGAAUUCAGAGUGCUCCGAUCUAUCAUUCAGCAUUUGAUUCGUCGAGAGGGAGUGCUGCUAAUUCUAGACGAUGGGACUACAGCCGUGGAAGCUGCCAGGAAGGAGCGGGAGGAUGCAAUUGCUACUGCAGAAGCAGCAGGCGAGCCUCUUCCGACAUUCGACAAGCCUCUGCCUACGGCUCUGGAGGAGCGGGUGCUAGCUGUGAACCCCAACUAUGUCCAAGAAUAA